AUGGCCCUCACUGGAGUUGUCAAGUCUUUCAACCCUCACAAGGGAUGGGGUUUCAUUGAGAGCAAUGGGCAAGAUGUUUUCCUCUACAAGGGCGAUCUGAAAGGAAUUUGCGUGGACAAAGGUACUAAUGUGCAAUUCACCAUGAAAUCGACUGAGAAAGGAACUCAAGCAGAGAACGUGGUUGUCAUUAUCUCCCCGGAUGAAGCAAGCUACUUUGGGGAAAUCAAAUCCUUCAAUUCAAUGAAGGGGUAUGGAUUUAUCACAAGCGAGGCUUUCCCAAAUCAGGAUAUCUUCCUGCUGAAGACCGACAUUCAAGAUGGUUAUGCGCCCGGCGGCUGUCCUUGCAGGUUCAAAGUUACCAUGGAGGAGAAGGGGCCGCGUGCUCAGGAGGUGCAACUCCUGGGGCAAGCUGCGCAGGACAUGAGCAUGUGGGGUGGCUGGGGUAUGAAAGGAAUGAAAGGAAUGGGAAAAGGCAUGGGCAAAAUGGGCAAAGGCCUAAACAUCUGGCAGCCAAUGUUCAUGAAGGACUGGUAA